CUGUGACACAAUCCAUAUCCAGUUCCUUCUCUUUUUUCUUGACUAAAAAUCUCUCAAAACCCCACACUUUCUCGUGCUUCCUCUCUCGCUUUCCUUCCAUACAAGCACUCUCCCGAGUCCCAACUUCAAUGGCCAGUCUAGUAUGCUCCUCGCAACCUGCUCUUCACCAACCCCAUAUAUCUUCUUUAUCACCAUCUUCUUCUUCUUUGCCUACAGUGUCUCUCCGUAGUUCCACCACCUUCUCCACCAAGUCCAGAAAGUCACUGGCUUUCACAUUUUCAUUCUAUAAAUCCAGUUUCUUGGAGAACCUCAAACCCAUUUCGCUAACGCCCAGAAGAAGCCACGGCAAUGGCAAUUCACUCUCUACCAGAAUGUCGUGGGACGGUCCGCUUUCUUCCGUGAAACUGAUCAUACAGGGAAAAAAUUUGGAGUUAAGUGAGACUGUCAAGAGGCAUGUGGAAGAGAAAAUCGGGAAGGCAGUUACUAAGCACAGUCAUUUGGUAAUGGAAGUGGAUGUCAGGCUGUCAGUUCGGGGUGGAGAGUUUGGGAAAGGCCAGAGAAUUCGGCGGUGUGAGGUUACUUUGUAUUCAAAGAAGCAUGGAGUGAUUCGGGCAGAGGAAGAUUCUGAGACAGUCUAUGGGAGUAUAGAUUUGGUGUCUUCAAUUAUACAAAGGAAGCUGAGGAAGAUUAAAGAGAAGGAGUCAGACCAUGGGCGGCACAUGAAGGGGUUUGACAGAUUGAAAGUUAGGGAGCCCAUGGUACAAGCAGUGGAGGAAAAGGCAGAUGAAAAUGAGGAAGAUGCAUUGCCUCAAGAUGAGGAUAACGAAAUUAUUAAUGAGAUUGUCCGUACGAAAUACUUUGACAUGCCACCUUUAACUGUCUCUGAAGCAAUUGAGCAGCUGGAAAACGUUGAUCACGACUUCUAUGCUUUCCGAAACGAAGAAACUGCUGAGAUUAAUAUCUUAUACAAAAGAAAAGCUGGAGGAUAUGGCUGUAUUAUACCUAAAGGAAAUGGAAAAGCUGAGAAAUUAGAGCCUAUGGUGGUAGAAGCAGCUAAAGAACCCUCCUUGAUAGACUAAAUGUGAAGCAGUGGAAGAUCCUUUUCUGAGAUAAUUUGAGUAGCUAUGUCUCAAACUAAUGGCCAUGAUGUACUUUGGGGCCAGGGCAUGCUGAGAAAUUCCUGAUUUAGAGUUUUGAGGUCAAAAGAUGAAUUUUUUUUAAGACGAAUGAACAUGUUUUCUGAGGUGAUUAGUUAUUGUAAAAUGAGAUGCAUCAUGUAGUUUACAAUACAUAGGGACCGAAUUUAACAACUUGUAAUUACCAUGAAUCUGUAUAUGAAUGAGCUACCUCAGAUAUCUCCCUUUCUUUCCUUA